GCGUCACUCAGUCGAGGAUAUUUAUUUGGCUGGACCAUACAAGUACCGAGGCAAAUGGAAUAAGCUGGCGGCCUUCUUAUUCGGGCUCUCGAUAGCAGCCACGAUACUACACUACUGGCUGGAGCAAAGUCUCAACCUGUCCACUGAGAAGCGACUGCGAGUCAUAGGUAGAUUCACUCUGCAGCCCAUGUGCCGAGGGGUGACGUAG